AUGGCUUCAGAUGAAAAGGAGAUUGGUAUUUCCUCUGGUGUGGACACCGGCAUUGACGUGAGCAUGAGAAAACAUAUCGAUCCGACCCUAGAGAAACAUGCACACGACGCCGAUGAGGCUAUGAAGGUCUUUGGUGGUCUUCAUGGUGAAAGUAUUGAGCUGGAUGAGGCCACAAAUCGCCGCUUGUUAAAGAUUAUUGAUUGGCAUAUGAUGCCUAUCAUGUGCUUUGUCUAUGGCAUGAAUUAUCUGGAUAAAACCACUCUCUCAUAUGCUAGUGUUAUGGGCCUGAAGAAGGAUUUGAAUCUUGAAGGAGACCAGUAUCAGUGGCUCGGGAGUUUGUUCUACUUUGGUUAUCUCGCCUGGGAAUACCCGACCAAUCGCCUCCUCCAGCGCCUUCCACUAGGAAAGUACUCUGCAGCUUGCAUCUUGAUCUGGGGAUUGAUUCUUAGCUGUUUCGCCGCUGUGAACAACUACCCUGGUGCGAUCGCUAUCCGCUUCAUGCUCGGUGUAUUUGAAGCUGCUGUGACACCAGGCUUUGCACUUUUAACCUCCCAGUGGUACACAAAACAAGAACAAGGCAGCCGUGUCAACAUUUGGUUCAGCUUCAACGGUGUAGGCCAGAUCUUCGGCGGGCUAGUCGCCUACGGCAUCGCCGUCGGUGCCGAGAGACAUGGUUCCUCCAUUGAGCCAUGGAAGAUUAUUUUCCUCGUCACUGGCCUCCUCACCAUCUGCCUGGGACUGGUAUUUCUCUGGAUUGUACCAGACAACCAACUUAAUUCACGCUGGUUGAAUGAAGAAGAUCGCAUCUUGGCUGUUGCCCGUGUGCGGGUCAACCAGCAGGGUAUUGGAAAUAAGAACUUCAAGAUGUAUCAGGUCAAAGAGGCGCUGUUGGAUCCGAUGACAUGGGCUUUCUUCUUCUACGCUUUGAUUGCUAAUAUUCCGAAUGGCGGUAUUAGCAAUUUCUUCAGCCAAUUGAUUACAAGUUUCCGAUACAACGAGAAAGACAGUCUCAUUCUGGGUGUCCCCGGCGGUGCAGUGGAGAUUGUUGCACUGUUGGCCAACGGCUAUGUGGGACAGAUCACUGGGCAGCGCGUCCUCGCUAGUUUGGGUGGACUCGUCGCUGCAAUGGUGGGAAUGUUGCUUAUUGUUGCCUUGCCCCUAUCUAACAACGUGGGUCGUUUGAUUGGCUACUACCUUACACAAGCCAAUCCGACACCCUUUGUGGCAUUGCUGUCAUUGAUUUCUUCUAAUGUCGCGGGAUAUACUAAAAAGACUACGGUGGCGGCAUUGUAUCUGAUUGGAUAUUGUGUUGGAAAUAUUAUUGGCCCACAAACCUUCCGUCCAGAGGACGCUCCCCGCUAUGUCUCCGCUGAAGUGACGAUUAUUGUCUGCUGGGGGGUGUGUUUAUUCCUGCUGGUCGGAGUGUGGAUGUGGUAUCGCCGCGAGAACCAGAAGAAGAUUCUUUUCACUGCUCGACCGGAGUAUGUGAGACUAGAGAAUCAAGAAUGGCUUGAUUUAACAGAUCGGGAGAACCCCGAAUUCAUUUAUGCUCUCUAA